ACAUAAAAUUACCCGACGAGUUAUUUGUGUGAAAUAUAUAUUUGGUGGUGGAGAUCCUCAGGAUAAUAAAUAUAUACAACAAAACUUGGAAUUUAAUAUGAAAAAUUUGCUCUUUUUUGUCAUCGUCUUCGCGCCAGUGCUUGUAUCCUCUGCUCCGAUAGCUCUCAGAUCAUUUAAAUCGCUUGCUUGCUAUCGAGAAAACUCCGAACGUCGAACUGUUCCGUCGGUGGAGAGCCGAUACCCCACUUUGAAAGAUGAUUACAAAACACGUAACAAUGCGAUUGCAAAAUGUGCAACAUUAGCUGCAUCAGAAGGAUACAACAUGUUUGCAAUUUCAGACGGAGGACUGUGUGCAAUGUCGCCUACAGCCUACAAAACAUUCAGAUAUUUUGGUCCAUUCCGACUUGUGUGGUAAAAAUGGCAAAGGUGGACUGAAUGCCAAUCAAAUAUACGGUAUAAAUGGAUAGACAACAGUGUUUCAAAUGACACCAAUAGGAUGCUUUUAAAGACGAUGAAGAAAGGGCAAUUCCCUCGGCAGAAGGUAAAUCAGAGCUGUUAGAAGAAGAUUACAGGACACGGUCAAAGUCUUACGAGAAGUGUGCGGAAUAUGCGGCAACAAAUGGCUACCACGUUUUUGCAAUACAAGAAAGAAUGUGCAUGACGGGGCCUAGAGCUCAUCUGACGUACAGCAAGUAUGGACCUGCUGAAGAUUGCAAUAACUACAUCGGCGGGCCAUUAGUAAAUGGAGUUUUCGCUUUGAAUGGAUGGACUCCAGAGGCGCCACGGAAGAAACUGGGUUUCUGGUUCAAGCGUGUGGGAUGCUACAACGAUUCAAAAAACAAGCCAGCUCUACAAAAAGCGGAUGGCCAAUAUACAAUCCUAAAGGACAAUUAUAAAAAGCGCACCAAACCCAUAAAAAAAUGUGCAAGAAUCGCGGCAAAAAAGGGAUUCAAAGUUUUCGCUCUACAGGAUGGUGGGAUGUGUUUUACGGGACGUAAUGCCCAUCUGAAUUACAAAAAAUACGGAAAAUCUAAGGCAUGCUUGAAAGGGGGGAAGGGCGGUCCGUUAGCAAACCAAGUUUAUCGCCUGUUCAAAAAGAACCCCAAAAAUAUGAGGGCACUAAACAAUAUCAGUUUGGAGAAGAAGACAAAUUAACUUGAACAGUGUCAAAAAACGCAGGUGCAUGGACGAUUCUGUGGAAAACUUCAAUUCUAUCUAACUAUAUAUAUGUUAAACUGUAAUCUGUUUGUUGUUUGUUUACUUGUGCAUCGCAUUAAAUGAAUAUAAUAUAAUCACCGAGAAAGAUA